GGCUCACUUUAUGUCAACAAAGCAGCGGAGUCUGACGUGGACCUAAAACCCGGACUCUGGUUUCCGCUCCUGUUCCGGUAAAAGUCUUUUGUUUUUUUCUUUGUACCGUUAAAAUGACUUUUCACGGACUCCUCUCGGCGGUUCUGGUUCCGGUUUGUUGGCUGUUGGUGUCCGUGGCGGAGGAUGUGCCCGAGCUCGUCGCACUCACCGCCGGCACCGCGGCGUCCCGACCCGCGGUGACCAACUCCAGCCGGGUGAACUCUACGGAGAGCGGCGGCGGGCGGGGCGGCCCCAGGGGGCUCAACGGCCUGAACGUGGACAGCUCCAUGAUCCAGCGGGCCCUGUACGUCCUCAUCGGCAUCACUAUGAUCGGAGUCCUCUACUUCCUCAUCCGAGCCGUGCGGCUGAAGCGUCCGGCCCAGAGGAAGAAGUACGGCCUGCUGUCCAACUACGACGACUCGGUGGAGAUGGACGGGAUGGAGAGCGAGGAGGACGACACGCUGUACGAAGCUCGCAGCCUCCGCAGAUGAGACGGAUCAGACGAGCGGAGAUCAGCUGGGAGCGAGAGAGAGAGAGAGAGAGAGAGAGAGAGAGAGAGAGAGAGAGACCAAUGGCUGCUGGAGGAGAAACAUGGACCAAUCAGUUAUUGAGAAAUGCCAAAGCUGCUCGACGGACCCGAGCAGGAUAAUCUUUAUUUUUUGAAGGUGGUGUGUUAUGAUUAUUAUGUCAGAGAGGCUUCUUCUUCUGGUCUCUUCAUUCAGACUGUGUGCUUUAACUACUGUAAGGGGAUCAGCUGAUAAACAGGACUCUGACCCUCCACACACACACACACACACACACACACACACACACACACACACACACACACACACACACACACACACACACACACACACACACACACACACACACACACACACACACACACACACACACACACGUCUCAUGGUGUCACUAUCGGCUCUCUGUGGUUUUUUUUCUUCACACUUCGUUCUCGUGGCGUCGGGAUGAAACGAGGAGUCGCAGUAGAUCUUCCUCUGAAGGACUCUGUGGUCCGAUGUGGACUCCAGAGUCCUGUUGCACCAGCUCUGAACAAUAACAGCAGGGACCUCUAGUGGUGACAUCUGUAACUACACCAUCAGGUCAUUUAACGCUCCUCUGUGAUUGGACGAUGAAAUGAGCUGAUGGUAAACUAAAGCAGGAGUCAAAACAAAGUCAUCAAACAUUUGAGGGACGUAAUCGACCACGCUGCUGUUACCAUGACAACCAGUAAAAACACUCUGCUCCUCCUCCUCAUCCAACGCAUCACACCAUCACCAUGACAACCGAGGACGUCACACCUACCAGGAGCUCGAUGUGACGGUUGGAGCGACCUCCGCUGGUGAACGGCGUCCUGAGUCAGAGGUCACUUUCAAACUAGACGACGACUGAGCGCACUCGGAGCUGGUGCAACCCCACGCUGUUUAAUUUAUUAAUAUCUCCAAAUACUGUGUCCCGUCUGCAGAGGGGGCGGAGCUUAAAGAAGAAUCCUACUUUUAGAUAUUUAUGUCAUGAAUACCAAACGCCAUAGACGGAGAGCGUCGUUUCUCUACCGUCUGAUGAUCAGACUCAGACCUGAUCAGGGGCCGGUCCCGUCCCUGGACUCUGGUCCGGUCUGAUCCGGUCCGGGUCCGAAUGUAGCUCCUCCUAGAGGACGCCGCUGACUCUGACUCGUUCUCUAAAGUUAUUGAAAUGUAAAAACAUGCAGUAAGAAGUACCGGAGAAGUGGGCGUGGUCAACAGACUGUUGACUGCAUGCAGGCGCUGCGAGCGCACAGUCAGCGUUUUACACGAGGACACGACGACGUCUUCAGUCUGGACCCAAAAGUUUAAAAAGGACUUAUGUUUUUAACGUGGCGUCAGCAGCUGUUUAGGCCCCGCCCCCUCUCUCAGCGGCUCAACACUUUAUUCAUCAGUGCCAUAAAAAGAACGUUUUGAAAGUUAAAACAUGAAUUCUUCUUCCUGAUUCUUUCACAAUAAAACAUUUGUACAAAUCUG